AAAGUUGCACGCGCAGAUCGCAGUCAACUUUCGAUUCAAAUUCAAACAGAGAACGAGCCUAGUUUCAAUUACAAUUUGAUACUUGUCGCUCCGCUACGCCUCACAUUGUUUACAAAACUUUUGUUAUUAUUUGUUUGUGUUUUCUUCUUCAAAUAGAUUAAACAUGGACGGUCCCUCGAGACCAAAUCCAUGUAGUUUGCAAAGUAGGAUGUCGCCCUCUGUUGGCGCGAAAAUUGACAGAUUAACCAUAGAUGACAGACCGGAGAUGUGUCAAAGUGACUGCCAGUGUGAUUCGCAAGGGGAAGUGAAGAUCAAAAGCAAGCGCUUCGGCCGAGGUGCCGUUGAAUCAGGUUUGACGCAUGAGUGCGGAGUAUUCGGUGCGAUUGGGACGGGAGAAUGGCCCACACAAGUGGAUGUGGGACAGGUCAUAUGCUUGGGACUGGUGGCGUUACAGCACAGAGGUCAAGAAUCAGCUGGCAUUGUGACGUCAGAGGGCAAAAGUGCGCGGACGUUCAAUUCCCACAAGGGUAUGGGGCUUAUCAACAAUAUAUUUAACGAUGAAGCCAUGAAGAAACUUAAAGGGAAUCUCGGAAUUGGACACACUAGGUAUUCAACCUCCGCGGCCUCGGAGGAAGUCAAUUGUCAACCGUUCGUCGUUCAUACAGCUCACGGAGCUUUGGCCGUCGCUCACAAUGGAGAGCUUGUUAAUUGCAGCAGCCUUCGGAAGAUGGUUUUAGGCCGUGGCGUGGGAUUGUCAACUCAUUCAGACUCGGAACUCAUCACACAAGCCCUCUGCCUCAACCCACCCGAAGGCGAAACUAAUGGCCCUGACUGGCCUGCGAGAAUCAAUCAUCUGAUGAGAUUGGCACCUCUAAGUUACUCUUUGGUAAUAAUGUUGAAGGACAAGAUAUAUGCUGUCCGCGAUCCAUAUGGCAACAGACCACUUUGUCUCGGCAAAAUCCUACCGCUUGGCUCAUCGUAUGUCUACAAAGAAUCAUCAGCGCAGCAUGCCGAGGUUUUAUUAAAUGGUUGUGCAAAGAACGGAAUAGAUGAUAAAGCCGAGGGCUGGGUCGUAUCUUCGGAGUCCUGUGGCUUUCUAUCUAUUGGUGCGCGAUACGUGCGCGAAGUGUUGCCAGGUGAAAUAAUCGAGAUGUCCCGACACGGGAUUCGGACUAUGGAUGUUGUGGAACGACCAGAGAGCAAGCAGCAGGCUUUUUGUAUUUUCGAAUACGUUUAUUUCGCUCGGGCGGAUAGUAUUUUUGAAGGUCAAAUGGUGUACUCGGCGCGAUUACAGUGCGGGCGUAUGCUCGCUAGGGAGUCACCCAUCGACGCUGACAUCGUGUCCUCUGUACCAGAGUCUGGCACUGCCGCUGCACAUGGAUAUGCUAGACAGUCGGGUAUACCGUUUAUGGAAGUCCUCUGCAAGAACCGAUACGUGGGCAGAACCUUCAUCCAGCCCUCCACUCGCCUAAGACAACUGGGUGUUGCGAAGAAGUUUGGUGCUCUUUCGGAGAAUGUCCGCGGAAAGAGAAUCGUGCUCAUAGACGAUUCUAUUGUCAGAGGAAACACAAUUGGACCAAUUAUUAAACUUCUGCGGGAUGCGGGUGCAGCUGAGGUUCACAUAAGGAUAGCGUCUCCCCCACUGAAGUUCCCAUGUUACAUGGGAAUCAAUAUUCCUACAAGGGAAGAACUCAUCGCUAACAAGAUGGACACAUUUAAGUUGGCUGAGCACGUCGGCGCGGACAGUCUCGAAUAUCUAAGCGUAGAGGGUCUAGUCAGUGCCAUACAUUACAAUAUGAAGGCGACACCCAGCGACGGCGUUGGGGGACAUUGCACUGCAUGUCUCACUGGAGAUUAUCCGGGCGGUUUGCCGGAGGACGUCGACUGGUGAUGGAUUAUAUUAGGGUGGUCCAUCUGGGAACCCCAAAAUAUAUUGACUCUUUGAGCGGUUUAUUUUUUUAUGUAGUGUUAAGGCGUCUCUAGAUUUUAAUACGUAGCCUCAAUACGUGUUCGUACGUAUACGGAUACUAUUUUUUAUAAAUAAGCAUUCUGAUCCACUAGAUACCAAGUAUAAUUCCGGUUGAAGCGUAGAAAUAUUUACAAUCAAAGUGUAUCCAAAUUACGAAGUUAAUCUGAAAUUUGUGGAGCUCACCAACAAAACCAUAGAAUAGCCAACAUAAUAUUAUUUAAAUCAUAAUGAAAUAUGGGCUUCCAAUUUUUUUGUAAUAUUAUAGAGGUUAUUAAUCUGUGGUUGAGAAAUAUUUGUCUAUGGCUGAGUUAUUAGUGAUAAGCUAAGAUUUGCUAUUUUGUGUUUUAUUCAAAGAAAGGGCUAUAACUGUAACAUGACAUGUAUAUAUAUCUUUUUCUAUACAUAUAAUUGAAAUAAUAUGUACGCGCCCUAUAAAACGAUGAAAUUUUACUAAAUCAUAUCUUAGUUUCUUUCUUCAGAGCCUUACUUGUUUAGUACAUAUAUUAGAGUAUUUUGAGGUCGUGCUGGCUUCGACCCUAAGCGCAAAGUAAUAAGGUUGACAAUUGGUCAAUUUUGUUUUACGCAAUUUAUGAUAGAAUUAUAUUUUUAGAUCGACUAUCAUUUCUUGCAAUAAAGUGCCUUUCGAAUAAAGUUAAGUGAUCUGAAUUUUGAUAACUAACGGACUGUUAAUACAUUCCAGUUUAUCAUUCAAAUGUAAAAACAUUGUAUUUUUAUAAAAUAUUAGGAUAUUUUGAUAGAUGUUUAUGAUUAUAUUAAGAAGUUAUUUUAUUACUAAUUACAAGUACAAAU